UUUUAUUCAUCUUGUGUGUCUGCAUCAUUAUAAAGUAAAAAAAAAAACAUUCCAUAAAAAUUUCAUUGAGAAAAAAAGAAAUUCAAAAUGGCGACUUUGAGGUCACAUGACUACCUAAUUAUGCAAAAUACCAAAUAUCAAUGUUACUCGCGUAGGCCAACCUAUUGCUCGCUCCAACACACAAAAAGAAUUUCGAAAUAACCUCUUUUAGUAUUUUUUUAAAAUUAUUUUAAAAAUUAACUUUUUUCGUUAAAAAAAGUCCCAGCACAGGGGGUGCAUAUACCUACAGCAGUGAAAGGGUUAAUAGGUGUGGGAGGUAAAAUUUUAUGAAGAUGGUCAUGUAUGUAUAAACUUGCACGACCAUCUUCGUUGGAGACGGGGAGAUUUAGCCAUACGAUAGUCCAUGUAUUGUCACACUUUAAAAGAAGGCAUACAUUUUGUUAAAGAACAUGUAGUGCGAUAGCCGAGCUCAUGGAAAUAAGCUACACUACAGGAAAACAUGUGAACACUUUUUAAAUCGAAUUCGAGUAAGAUAAUUACAAUGUAUGGAGGCGUAAAUUUAACAAGAAAGCUUUAUCAAUAAACAAUGUCUACACACUGCGCAUUGCAGCUCUGAGUCGGGGCGUCACAAUUGAGAGAUACAGGUCGUUUUUGAGUAUUCCACUCAUUUCAGAUACAUAACCAACAGAUCACCGUGUUCCAUUUCUAAUAUUCAUAAACUUUUCAAAUUUUUGCCAGAGGGCAUUGAAGGCAUGGUAUAGUACUACUGGCAUGGUAUAGUACUAUUAUUUCAUGUGGCAAGGAUUGUUUUGAAAUCAAACUUUUUUGAGCCUUGUGUCUGUAGCAAGCUGGAUGGACAGCACUAAUACGUGCAUCAUCCAAAGGUUAUCAAGUUGUUGAUACAUUAAUUCAAAGGGGCGCUAAUCUUGAUUUGAAAAAUAAAGAUGGUUUUACGGCCCUAAUAGUAGCAUCUUAAGAAGGCCAUCGCAGCGUUUGCAAGAUACUUUUAGAAAAUGGUGUCGUAGCAUAUGCACUAACUAAUAAUGGCACCACGGCCCUAUAAGUAGCCUCUGGAAAUGGCCACAUCAUUGUCCUCAAAAUACUUUCAGAAAGAGGUGAUUUACUGGAUGCACAAGAUAGUGUGCGGCAAGGAUCCUUUUUAAAUCAAAUUUCUUUGAGCCUUGUGUCUAUAGCAAGCUGGAUGGACAGCAUUAAUACAUGCAUCAUCUAAAUGUUAUCAUCAAGUUGUUGAUACAUUAAUUAAACGUGGCGCAGAUCUUGAUUUGAAAACUAAAGAUGGUUUUACGGUCCUAAUAGUAGCAUCUUAAGAAGGCCUUCGCAGCGUUUGCAUGAUACUUUUAGAAAAUGGUGCCAUAGUAAAUGCACAAACCAAUAAUGGCACCACAGCCCUGAUAGUAGCCUCUGGAAAUGGCCACAUCAGUGUCUGCAAAAUACUUACAGAAAGAGGUGAUUUACUGGAUGCACAAGAUAGUGUGCGGCAAGGAUCCUUUUGAAAUCAAAUUUCUUUGAGCCUUGUGUCUAUAGAAAGGUGGAUGGACAGCAUUAAUACAUGCAUCAUCUAAAUGUUAUCAUCAAGUUGUCGAUACAUUAAUCCAAAUGGGUGCAGAUCUUGAUUUGAAACUAAAGAUGGUUUUACGGUCCUAACAGUAGCAUCUUAAGAAGGCCAUCGCAGCAUUUGCAAGAUACUUUUAAAAAAUGGUGCCGUAGUAAAUGCACAAACUAAUAAUGGCACCACGGCCCUAAUAGUAGUCUCUGGGAAUGGCCACAUCAGUGUCUGCAAAAUACUUUUAGAAAGAGGUGUUUAACUGGAUGCACAAGAUAGUGUGCGGCAAGGAUCCUUUUGAAAUCAAAUUUCUUUGAGCCUUGCAAGCUGGAUGGACAGCAUUAAUACAUGCAUCAUCUAAAUGUUAUCAUCAAGUUGUUGAUACAUUAAUUAAACGUGGUGCAAAUCUUGAUUUGAAAACUAACGAUGGUUUUACGGUCCUAAUAGUAGCAUCCUAAGAAGGCCUUCGCAGAGUUUGCAUGAUACUUUUAGAAAAUGGUGCCGUAGUAAAUGCACAAACCAAUAAUGGCACCACAGCCCUGAUAGUAGCCUCUGAAAAUGGCCACAUCAGUGUCUGCAAAAUACUUUUAGAAAGAGGUGCUUUAGUGGAUGCACAAGAUAGUGUGCGGGGCGCUAAUCUUGAUUUGAGAAUAAAGAUGGCCUUACGACACGCAGGGAACCUAUACAAUCUUUGGAAAAAGAAGCACCUGCAUCGAACAAUCUAUUCGACAGGGCUAUUGAAGACCACACCCAAAGGCCAUCGCAGCGUUUGCAAGAUACUUUUAAAAAAUGGUGCCGUGGUAAAUGCACAAACUAAUAAAGGCACCACGGCCCUAAUAGUAGUCUCUGGAAAUGGCCACAUCAGUGUCCUCAAAAUACUUUUAGAAAGAGGUGAUUUACUGGAUGCACAAGAUAGUGUGCGGCAAGGAUCCUUUUUUGAAAAACAAAGAUGGUUUUACGGUCCUAAUAGUAGCAUCUUAAAAAGCCCAUCGCAGCGUUUGCAAGAUACUUUUAAAAAAUGGAGCUGUAGCAUAUGCACUGUUACUAAUAAUGGCACCACGGCCCUAAUAGUAGCCUCUGGAAAUGGCCACAUCAGUGUCCUCAAAAUACUUUUAGAAAGAGGUGAUUUACUGGAUGCAAAAGAUAGUGUGCGGCAAGGAUCCUUUUUAAAUCAAAUUUCUUUGAGCCUUGUGUCUAUAGCAAGCUGGAUGGACAGCAUUAAUACAUGCAUCAUCUAAAUUUUAUCAUCAAGUUGUCGCUACAUUAAUUAAAAGGGGCGCAAAUCUUGAUUUGAAAACUAAAAAUGGUUUUACGGCCCUAAUAGUAGCAUCUUAAGAAGCCAUCGCAGCGUUUGCAAGAUACUUUUAAAAAAUGGAGCUGUAGCAUAUGCACUAUUACUAAUAAAGGCACCACAGCCCUAAUGGUAGCCUCUGGAAAUGGCCACAUCAUUGUCCUCAAAAUACUUUUAGAAAGAGGUGAUUUACUGGAUGCACAAGAUAGUGUGCGGCAAGGAUCCUUUUUAAAUCAAAUUUCUUUGAGCCUUGUGUCUAUAGCAAGGUGGAUGGACAGCAUUAAUACAUGCAUCAUCUAAAUGUUAUCAUCAAGUUGUCGAUACAUUAAUUCAGAUGGGUGCAGAUCUUGAUUUGAAAACUAAAGAUGGUUUUACAUUCCUAAUAGUAGCACUUUAAGAAGGCCAUGGAAGCGUGUGCAAGAUACUUUCAGAAAAUGGUGACGUAGUAGAUGCACAAAAUAAUAAUGGCACCACGGCCCUAAUAGUAGCAGUAGUAGCAUCUGGAUAUGGCCACAUCAGUGUCUGCAAAAUACUUUUACAAAGAGGUGCUUUAGUAGAUGCACAAGAUAAUGUGACUAAGGUUCAACAAGUCCAACUACUUGAGGAAGUUAGAUGAUAAAUAAUACAGUCAUACACACAUUAAAGCUGUAAAAUCUUCAGCAUGUAGAGGGCAGCAGCAUACAAGAAGAAGGAUCUACUACUGUACGUGCAAUAUCCUACUCAAUUUAAUUUUAGCUUUCAAAGCUAGGCCUGCAAAGGAAUAUUCAAACUUGAUUAUAAGCCUUUGUUCUGUCAUGGAUUAUUGAUAUGGCUAGACAACCUAGGCUUUCUUUUUUAACUCUUUAAACUACACAAGCCAACAUCAUAUCAUAUAAACAACUUGAGUAAGCUUGACUGGCUGAGGUACAAAGAUAGCCUCUCUUCUUUUUAUCGAUUCCCUGAAGAUAAUAAUAAUAAUAAUAAUAAUAAUAAAAAUAAUAAUAAUAAUAAUAAUAAAACAGCAUUUAUAAUGCACCGUCUAUCUAGUGAACUAUUCCGAGAUGCAGUGACUCUUGACGAAAAGAAAAAGGAUUUACUAAUUUGAUUUGAAGAACAUGACAACAAUAACAUUCACACCAAAUAGCCCUUGUGCAAUAGGAUUUUGAAGAAAUUCAAUUAAGUAAAUGUAUGCAAGAUUUAAACUUGUCAACUUUCUCUAUGUCAGAUGUACAAAAUGUAGCACAUGUUUCCGUCCAAACUACAACAGCAAGUACACCUCACAGAACUGUACAUACUCAAACCAACUUGAAUGGUGACAAAGGUACAAAUCUUAAGGCAGAAAUUAAAUGGCUGACAAACUCAAAGACCUGAAAUCUCAAGACCUGAGAUGUAUGAGAGAAAUAAUUAAUACAAUUUAAACUGAAAACAUUCGUACCAGUUGCUUCAUUCAGACCCACUACAAAUUGCAACCCAACAGUCACACAACGAAAGCUCAAAACUGCAGCCAAAAACCAGUCUGAUUCCCUACUUGAUCAGGUUGAAGAUGUUAAAUAAAAUAACAUAAUACUACCCUCCCUUUAGGCCAGACAGCUUCUCCAGGAUAUCGUAAACCCACUGUACAUGCAACUCCAACCCCAAUCGGAAAAAACCACACCGGUUUAAGACACUGACCAUGCACAAAUACCUAUUUUCAUCUAUCUAUUUUAUUUAUCUAAAUACUCAAGGCCUAGGUAGACUUGUAGUCAAUCUAAGAAGAAAAGCUAUUGAUUUAGCUCAUCCUACCAGGUACAUUCACCAGGCAAAAAAUUAAGAUGUGAUAUGCAAAUUAUUCUUACCAAUAACAAAAUGAAAUAUUUAAGUAUUGUAAAAACGAAUAAUAACUAUUGUAUAUUAGAAAAUGCAAUGGUUCAUUACAGCCCCGGUCAUUGUGCAAUGAUGUGAACAUGAAGCUAUUAAGGACCUUAUUUUCGGUGGCUGGCCACGGGCCACGCCUUUACGCAAUUCAGCAGUCUGACUCUACGAGUUAUGGGUUAUUCUACCUUCACAAAGGGAGACAAUGGGCAAGGGACACAAGCAUAAUAGGCAGCAUGAAAUUUGAACUACAACCUCUAGUAAUACCCUAUUCAGACUACACUCUGUUGUGAUCGGUUGCGAUGUAAUCGGUGGUAAUCCAAAACUGAUUACUCCCGAUCGCAAUCAACGAACGCAUUCAGACCAACACAAACAAACUGAACA